AUGGACUCUCUUGUACUGGCACUUCCUAAUGGUGCAGCAGUCACUGGACUGAUCAACCUUCCUUCUCUAACACCCGCAACACCGAAACAUCGUCCAUUCCUGGUGUGCCUCCAUGGCGGAACUUACAGCUCUUCUUACUUUGAUCCACCAGGCCAAAGUAUCAAAGGUGUUAGCGAUGCACUUGGAGUGCCGGUCGUGGCGAUUGAUCGUGCUGGCUACGGUGGCAGUAGCCUUUUUGGCAUCAAUGGUGUUGUACCUGAGGGUUCGACCUAUUUUGAAGAAGAGGGCAAUUGGCUUCACGACCUCGUCCUGCCAGCGCUGUGGGAGUCAUACGCUGUGCCACAUCGACUCACGUGCCUUGUACUGCUGACUCAUUCGAUGGGAACUCCUCCUGGUAUUGUCGCCAUGGCUAGGCAAUCAGUGGAAGUUAAAGGAGGCCAAGGAAAAAGGUACAUUGCUGGGGGUGUUAUCUUGUCUGGUUGGGGCUUCACUCCUCCGCCUCAGACAGAUGAAAAUCCGCCCUCGGGAGCCGCUCCUUCGAGGCCUACUCGGUUCAAUAUCCCUCAGAAGGAUAUAGCGAUGCUUGGCCGCCCCGAAGACAAUCUAUGCGAUCCGCAUAUUUAUAGCUUGAAUCAGUCUCUUGGAACGGACAUGGCAUUUGAUGAGGUAGACCACGGUAGAAGGCUGUGGUUUAACAAGGCCAAAGGUUUCACGGAACAAAUCGCUUUACCGAUUUUCUACGCACUAGGACAGUACGACUUGUUGUGGCCGCCUUCAGAACAAGAACCGCACGCAUGUGAAUCGAGCUUUCCUAACAGCCCCAAGGUUGAGGGGGGAGUCCUCCUAAAUGCUCCUCACUGUGCUGAAUUAGGUUAUCAGGGAAUAGCGUGGUAUGUGAAAGCCUUCGGAUUUGCGCUGGAAUGUGCCGGAUCAUUCAAGCCAUAG